UGCGUCAAAGAUCUGAACACUUCUUCCCCCUCUGCAUAUCAAACAUGUCAAUCACUGCUCAGAGCUGCAGGCGGCUAUACGUGUGUCUCUCUGUCUCCCUGUGUCCUGCAGCGGGUCAGGCCGUGUGUGUCUGUCCUUGUUCCUGUCUGUGCGGACCGACGCGCGUCUCGGCCUCAGUCAAGCAUCGCAGGCUGGCGCCGCCGCCUCUCCACUUCCACAACAUCAGGUGUAGUGUUACUGUUUGUUGUGGCCUGAGAACACUAAUAACGCGGCGGGGAAACAAUGUCGAUGGUGAAGCUGUUCAACAUCACCUCAGAUCACUCAACCCCCGAGGACCUGCAGGCUGAUUAAGUGGCUUUACUCGGCUGACCAGAGGCGCGCCUUCAGGGUUUAACGAUGAAUAAAUUAGCCGCUUUUCAAGCAGGUUCAUUAAUGCGGAGGGUUUCACUGGUUUCUAACAAUGCAGAGGUGUUUUGUCUCACCUAACUUUCAUUUUUUUCUGAUUUUUUAUUUCAUUUUUUUCGGCAUGUCAGGAAAUCAGUGAAAAAGAGGAUGGAAUCAAGCUCGAAUGAAAGAAUAAAUAAAUAUUUGUCUGUAAACAAAACGUUUCUUCCACAUGCUGACUUUAAAAUACAGUCAAUCACUAAAUUUUUUUCCCCACAUUUUUUUCUUUAUUCUUUAUACAGUAUGUAGGCUACUGCAAUUAAAAGCUCGCCCUCAUAGUCUCAUUUUCUUAAUUAACCCUCUUAAUUACACGCAGAGAGACAGAGAGUGUGAGAGAGAGCAGGGCGGAUAGGAUGUGAGGUGUUCCUGUGUAAGGUGAGAAGAAGCCUGGGUGUUGGCCAGUGAUCCUGAGAGGGGUGACAGAUCUAUCUCUACUCGCUCUGCAGCCGGACCCCUGGACGAUUUAAACCUCCUCUCACUCAUCAGUCAGUUGAGAGAAACGUCCGGCAGGCAUCACCAGCAGCUCGUGCGCCGCGCGUAAAAAAAAACCGGAUCCAAGUCGCUCUGACCGAACAUGUUGGAGAUGCACCCCAGUGCAACCACCACGACGCCUUUUUCCGUGAAGGAUAUUUUGAAGCUGGAGCAUCAUCAUGAUUUCGAGACUGAGCUCCUGAUGACAGAUCAGGUCGUUCCGAUGCACUAUCAGCACGUGCACGGUGCGUCCCGGAGCAUUUACGACUGCGGGCCCGAGCCGUGCGUCUCCGGGAUGAAACUCUCAGCAGCAGCAGCAGCAGCAGCAGCGGAGCAGCAGGAGGAGGAGGAGGAGAUGAAUGAACACGAGAUCAGCGGCCUCCACAUGUCACCUGACUGUGACAGGAGCCCGAAGAACCGAGCCAGACCGCGCAGGAAGCCCCGCGUCCUCUUCUCCCAGUCCCAGGUGUCCGAGCUGGAGAGGCGCUUCAGACAGCAGCGCUACCUGUCCGCCCCGGAGAGAGACCACCUGGCCCACGUCCUCAAACUCACCUCCACGCAGGUGAAAAUCUGGUUCCAGAACAGGAGGUACAAAUGUAAGCGCCAAAGGCAGGACAAGUCUCUGGAGCAGGCGGGGUUCCCACCUGCGCCGAGGAGGGUGGCGGUGCCCGUGCUGGUGCGGGACGGGAAGCUGUGCGGCGCGGGGUCCCAUCCGGCUCCUUAUAACGUGGCCCUCGGACAUUAUAACUCGGUGUUCGGAUACGGGAACAGCAGCGUGUAUGGCUGCGGUUAUCACAGUGUGUCUCCUCCAGCCGCCGUGUCCAGUAACCAGCUGGUCGAGUUAACAGGAAACAGCGAGGGGCCCUUCAGCCACGGACACUUCCAGGCGUCAUUACAAGGUGUCAGAGGCUGGUGACUGAAACAAUCCAGCUCUGUCAGGCGCAAAGUUACCACAUAUUCACACUAUCAAACGGUUCUAUUGUAUAUUUUUUAAGGAUUUGUAUGUGUUGCCAGGUUUCUGGUGUUGAAAAAAAGUGAAA